UAUAUUUAUUUACCGGAAAUAAACACUCUUUUAGUGUAACCAAAACGUAUUGUCAAUCCUUCCUGUCCAUUUUUCAUAAACAUCAAAAUGCCUAAAGUGAAAAGAAGUAGAAAACCUCCACCAGAUGGAUGGGAAUUGAUAGAACCUACAAUAGACGAGUUGGACCAAAAGAUGAGAGAAGCUGAAACAGAUCCACAUGAGGGAAAAAGAAAAGUUGAAGCUUUGUGGCCAAUCUUCAGACUGCAUCAUCAGAAAUCACGAUACAUAUAUGACUUAUUUUAUCGCAGGAAAGCAAUCAGUAGAGAGCUCUAUGAUUAUUGUUUAAAAGAAAACAUGGCAGAUAAAAAUUUGAUCGCAAAAUGGAAAAAGCAGGGAUAUGAAAAUUUAUGCUGUUUACGUUGUAUACAAACUAGAGACACAAACUUUGCAACAAACUGCAUUUGUAGAGUCCCCAAGUCUAAACUUGAAGCAGGCAAGAUUGUUGAAUGUAUACACUGUGGUUGUCGUGGAUGUUCAGGUUGAAAUCUGUGUAAAGGAGGCAAAGAAUUUACUUCUGUGACAUUGUAAAAGAAAAAGUAAUCUACAGAAAAAGACAGAUUUGACAUUUCCACUGAUUUAUGUUCCAUAUAAGAUACAAUAUCAUCAUGAUCAUGCAGUAUUUUGUUUCUGCAGAUAAUAAUCAUUUAUAAAACUAAUCCACUUUUGAAAUAGGAUAUUAAGUGCAUAUAUGCAUAAUGAAUAAUUUACCAGGAAUAAUGUGGUCUAUUCAUUCAUUAUUGGAAUCCAUCAAGUUUUCUAGUUUGCCUUAAAAACUGAUUAAUUAUGUACUGUUUCUGUUGAGUAAUUAAUGUAAAUAUGUUUGAUGCAUAGAACAAUAGGGAUUGAUCAUUUUCACAAAAAAUAAAUACCACUUAUUUCUGUAUUGCUACAAUUUAAAUAGCUUCAGAGAAAAAUGGUAACUUUGAAUCAUAUUUGCUGUAAUUUAUCUACAUUUACAAAAAGUUAUAUGAUAAAUUACAGUGGGUUUAUUGGAUAUUUUUAUAGAGGAAGUUUUCCAUGUUUAUGUUUAAAACAAUUAUUUAAUAAGAAAAAGUGAAAAUGUUAUCCUACUGAAGCAUUAAAUUUUUAUAUACAUAUAUAAUCUGUUUUAAUAUUCAUGUCAAAGUAGAACAUUUUGUUAAAAACUUUAUGGAUAAUAUCUUUUCAAUGCUAAGAAAGACACAUGCAUUUGCCUUUGAACAUCAAAACUGUCAUCAGAUAGUACACAAUCCUUAUUUUUGUGCCACAUUUUGUCUUUACUUUGACAUGUUUGAGUUGUUUCAAUAAUUUUCAAUUUAAUAAAAUUUGUUUUGAAACAUUAGCCAGACAAAUGAAAUAAUAUUUUUGACUACUAAUUUAUUGGUAAAUUAGAUUCUUUGAAUAAACAUUUCUGUAUUUCAUGAUUUUUUUAUGAAGUCGUUUUAUCAGUUGGUCUAUUCCAUUUGAUUUUACUCAACUUCAAUGUAGUAUGACAUCUUCAGCAUAUACAUUUCAUUUUGUGUGUUUGUAUGUAAAUGAUUUUGUAAAUAAACAAUGAAAAAUUA